AUGCUUGUAGGGGACUCGGACUUCAAACACUUUGAAAAUGCUCUAUACCCAGGAACUGCAUUUGUGUACUGGAUCAAGGGCAAAUGUAUCCAGGUUUUAUCUGCCAUCUUCAGUGUUCUGUUGAUUUACAUCCUGAUGGUUUUCCUCUUAUACGAGGCUGUUCAGCGAACAAUCCACAUGGACUACGAGAUUAAUGGAGAUGUAAUGCUCAUCACUGCAGCUGUUGGGGUCGCCGUAAACCUCAUAAUGGGCUUUUUGCUGAGCCAGUCUGGUCACCUCCACUCCCAUUCUCACGCGCCUUCAUCAGUUCCUCCCUCCGGCUCUUCCGCUGCAGCCCCUGGGCAUUCUCACAGUCACGGCCAUGGCAGCUUGGCUGUGAGAGCGGCCUUCGUCCACGCCCUGGGAGACUUGGUCCAAAGUAUUGGCGUGCUUGUCGCUGCGUACAUCAUUCGAUUUAAGCCAGACCGCACUGUGCUUACUCCGCCCCAUUUGCAAAAACAUUCAGUACAGUACAAAGGUUAA